CCCUCAAAUUCUCGUUAGGCCUCUUCCAAAUUUAGUCGGCAAUUUUAUAUUUUCAGAAAACCCCUCUUUAGCCCCUAAUAUCCAACUUUUCUUUUCACUUUCAACCCAUAUUCUUCCUUGUUCCACACCAUCCUCCUCCUCCUUCUCCUCUUCUUCGAAUUAGGGUUUCACGAUCCCCAGAUAUGAAGCGAACUGCCACGAAGAAGAAGAGGCGGCCUCGUGCGGCGAAAACUUCGGCGGUCAACGAUUCGUCACGUCACGCUUUAAGUCAGCGGGAUCAGCGGCGAGAAGGAGAAGGAGAAGGAGAAGACGAUGAAGAACAAAAAAGGCUUCUCGGCUCGUUAAUGGAAGCCUUCGGUUCGAUCUCUCUAGAAGAAGCCACGUCAGCUUAUAACCAAGCCGACGGUGAUUUGGACAAAGCGGCCGAGAUUCUAUCCAAUUUGAUCGAUAACGGUAGCAAUAGUGAAGAUCCCGAUCCGUCGACGAGCUCGAUAUCGAGUGGCUCGUCAUCGUCAGGUUCGUCCGGGUUCGGUUUUUCUGAAACGAGUUGCGUACAAAAUCUGAAUAGCGGGAGGGGACGUAGCAGAGGGGGAAAACAGCAGAAGCGAGUGGUAGCGUCAACGGGGACGGUUUCGACCGUCCUCGGGAAAGAUUACGUUAGGUCAAGCCCAUGGCGAGACCCGGCUGCAGUGGCACCGGCGAAAUCGGUGUUGGCGACGGAAGAAGCGGAACAGUUUUUAUGCUCAAUGCUUGGGGAAGAGUGUGAACUUAGCAUGGCUGUUGUUAGAGAUGUUUUGUGUCUGUGUGGGUACAAUGUUGAGAAGGCUUUGGAUGCAUUACUUGAUUUAUCUGCUUCCUCCUAUGAAAAAUCCAAGAGUUUUAAUGACAAUUUGAACAGUAGACAAGAUACAGGAUUCGUAAUUGAAUGUGCAGACAAUUUAACAGAUAGGACAUCUGACCGCAUAUCUAAGUUGUUGGAAAGCGAACUUCAAGAUAGUAUAUGGUCAGCCGGAUAUGGUCACAGGUGUUCUACCCCUCUUGAAUUUAGGAAUUACUCUAAGGUUCUUGCUAGUUCUGAAGCUAUGCAACCACCUUGCCCAAGGAGUAAUGUUUCGAAUCUCCCUCAGGAGGUCCUGGAUUCUUUAUUUAAAAUCCCCAAGAGUUCUGAGCAUGAACCAAGCACUAUGAGUUGGAGGAAUGUAGUAAAGAAGAUGCAGUUGUUGGGACCACCUAUUGAUUUUUGUCCAUCUACUGAUGCAGAACCUCAGCAGGAUAUCUAUGCUAAGGGAGAUGAAUAUCACAAAUUUAGAGAGAGUGCCAAAGAACAUUGGGAUUCCAUGAGAUCUUAUUAUCAGAAGGCUGCUACUGCAUAUUCGAAGGGAGAGUUGGAGUAUGCAGCUUAUCUUUCUGAUCAGGGAAAGAUACAGACUAAAUUGGCACGGGAAGCAGAUGAAAGGGCAAGCCAGAAUAUAUUUAAAGCUAGGAACAAAGCCUUUGAAAAUGUGAUAACAAUUGAUUUGCAUGGGCAACAUGUCAAACAAGCAAUGAAACUUUUAAAACUACACCUUCUAUUUGGAAUACAUGUUCCUUCGGUUCAAACUCUGAGGGUUAUUACUGGCUGUGGAACACAUGGUAUGGGGAAGUCAAAACUGAAACAGUCGGUCACUAAGCUUCUUGAAAAGGAAGGUAUUCAGUGGCAGGAAGAAAACCGUGGAACUGUACUAAUCAAGCUUGACGGAUACAGAGAGUUAAGCUUUUUAGAAUCCAAUAGUGACACGGAGUAAAUUAAUUAUCUAAUACCAGGUUUGCAUCAUUUACCAUCUGUUUGUACAAGACAAGGAUGUAAUGUAACAAGGUUUAAUGUAGUGGUUCAAAAACAGGGAUCAGAUGUUUAUAUGUACAUUACUAGAAGUCCUUGUACUCUUUCCUCCUUAGGUAGGUUUCCUCCUUGUAAUCUUCAUGAAGCUUCCGUGUUCCUGUAUGUUGAGUUUAGCAAAAUCGUGUAUCUGACUCAGUUAUUGGUAAUGACAAAGACUCAUGAGAGACUGUGAAUUCCAUAGUUAUCAACAAA